AUGGGUUACACGAUUUCGUGGACACCAGCGGCGCUUUUGCCGCUGGUCCUCAAGCUCGCCGCAAUCUUUGUUGGAACUCUAGUAUUCAAGGUUCUUUGGAAAGCGUUUACCAUUCGGAGGAAGUUUAGGCAAGUGAGGGCCCAGGGCAUUCCGAUGCUACCCCAUUCUUGGAUCACAGGUCACCUAAAAGUCAUGAUGGAGUUCCGGAAGGAAUAUCCAGGAGACAUCAACAUUGGUAACUUUCACCCGUGGAUUAUCAACAACUACAAGAGAUACUUUCCCGAAAUGGACCACUGCCCGCCUGUCAUCUACCUCGACCUGUGGCCCGUUCUCAAGGCGCCUAUCGUGGCCGCGUACAAGAAUACGGUUGCGGCUCAGUUCACCCAGACGAAGAAUCUCGACAAGCACCAGAUCUCUCUUGACUUCAUGAAUCCCCUGACCAAGGGUAAGGACAUCGCCACCCUGCAGGCCGACGAGUGGAAGAAGUGGAGAGGAUGGUUCAAUCCUGGAUUCAGUUCCAGGAAUGUGUCGAUGAUCGUUCCUGAACUGAUUGAGGAGAUCAAGGUGUUCGCCGACAAUCUGAAGCAACGAGCUGGCCCGAAUGGAUCUUGGGGUCCUAUGUUCCAGCUCCGCAACAUGACAACAGCCCUGACUUUCGACAUCAUCGUCCGAGCCGUCUUGGAUGAGCGUUUGAACGAGCAGAAGAACAAGACCGCUGGUCCGCUUAGAGUGGCUCUUGCGGACCAGCUCAGGCUGAUGGGCAUCCGACAAGCUUUCAGCUUUGGCUAUCUUUUCCCGUGGCAGAACAGGGCCGUUGACCGCAACAAUGAGAUUGUUUAUAACCAACUCUAUCCUAGCAUUGUUCACUCUCUUGAGUCGGGACUGAAGCCUGCCAAGAAGAAGACGGUUCUCAACCUGGCGCUGAUGCACCUUGCAGAGGAAGCUGGCGGCCGCGUUACCAACCCAGCCACCGACCCCGAGAUGAUGGACACUAUUAUGGGCAACCUCAAGACCUUCCUCGUCGCCGGCCACGAGACGACAGCCAGCGCACUUUGUUUCAUGUUCAAGGUGCUUCAAGAUCAUCCAGACUGCUUGGCCAAGGUUCGAGCUGAACAUGAUGAGGUCUUGGGCAUGGAUCCUGACCAAGCGGCCGAGGUUCUCAGCCAAUCACCACAACUUCUGAGUUCGCUGCGCUACACACAUGCCGUCAUCAAGGAAAGUCUGCGGCUGUACCAGCUCGCGUCGACUAUGAGAGGCGGUGAAGCAGGAUUCUUCUUGACUGCAGAGGGCAGGCAGUAUCCUACCGAAGGAUUUCUGGUGUGGGAUGGCGGGCCAGGCAUGCAGCAUGACCCCUCGUUGUGGCCUGACGUUGACAAGUUCAUCCCGGAGCGCUACCUUGUGCCUGCGGAGGACCCGUUGCACCCUGUCAAGGAUGCUUGGAGAGCUUUUGCAAGAGGCCCCCGAGACUGUAUUGGACAGGAGAUUGCUUGGGUUGAAAUCAAGCUGGUUGCCGCUCUCAUCAUCCGAAAGUUCGAUGUGGAGGAGGCUUGGGAUGAAUGGGAUGCUGCUCGCGGCAUCAAGGGACAGAAGGAUAUGGUGAGAGGCCAGCGAUUGUACGUGGCCGGCGACGGAAUUGGUCACCCCAAGGACGGUAUGCCUGUUCAUGUGCGGCUCAGACAAAAGUGA